AUGUCUGCCGUGAGGACAAGUGAAGCAGCUAAGAUGAUGGACCAGGUGCCCCCGCCAUUGCCAUCGUCGCUGCCCUUGCACUGGCUGUGGAGUUGGAGUUUAAAAAAGAUGGUUAGUGAAUUCAUGGCUCGCAACUUACUAUUGCCUGUGCUGAUCUGUCUAGAUGCCCACCGUAAAGAAGAAACUGCUACAUAUAUCAGCAAGCGCCUCGAUUAUCUCAUGGGAAGUCGACCAACGGCUGUAGAUCUCUCGAAUGCCAUCAAACUCCUCAAAUCGAAGACCGAAGAAGUUGUCUCGGUUUGCAGUACAUCGGAUCAGGCAGUUGCGUGUGCUGAUGUACGUUUGUGCUACAUCGAGACGGCCGAGAAGAUAUUGGCAGAUGAUUUUGAUACAAACUUAUCAAUUGGGAGAUAUGGUGCUGAAUAUCUGCGCCGGCAAGAGAUGCCUAUUCUUAAACCUGUGGAUGAGGCCGAGGAGUUUAGGUACUACACAACAAGCCCACCUGGUACUCAAGGGGCGCCAGACAUGAAAUAUAGAAAGUUGAGCGUCUUGACACACUGCAACACUGGAUCUCUCGCAACGUCAGGCCACGGCACAGCAUUAGGUAUCAUCCGCAGCCUACACAAAAUGAACUACCUCGAGCACGCCUAUUGCACCGAGACCCGUCCCUACAACCAAGGAUCGCGCCUCACAGCCUUCGAACUGGCCUUUGAGAAAAUCCCCGCAACACUAAUCACUGACUCCAUGGCCGGCGCCCUCUUCUCACGCAUGAAGAACGAGAAAAACAUCUCAGCCGUCAUCGUAGGCGCAGACAGAGUGGCCCGUAAUGGAGACACAGCCAACAAGAUCGGCACUUACACACUCGCCGUCCUAGCAAAAUACCACGGCAUUAAAUUUGUCGUCGCGGCUCCCACGACCAGCAUAGACUUGUCUACGGAAUCCGGCGCCAAGAUCAAGAUCGAGGACCGGGCCAAGAGCGAACUUACCCAGAUCACUGGUGCAAUCGUGAAUAAAGACGGCACGGUGGAUACGAGCAAGAGUGCGCGAGUAGCGAUUGCAGACCAAACGAUCGAUGUCUGGAAUCCAUCGUUCGACGUCACGCCUCAUGAAUUGAUCGAUGCUAUAAUCACCGAGAAGGGUGAGGUGCUGCGGAAUUCGAAGGGCGAGUUUCACUUCAAGGAUAUUAUUCCUGAGCGGUGGAGAAGAGAUGUGCCGAAUGGGAGUGAUGCUGAGACAAAUGGAUCAUCUGCUGUUCCUGGGACGCCUAGUGAGGAGGGUACUCAGUUUGCUAUGGAAGUUUAG